AUGGCCGAGACACACGGCCACUGCGACCCCGGUUUUGAAUCCGUACGGGAGCUCUUGAAACAAAGACUCGAGCGUGGUAGUGAACUGGGGGCUUCACUCUGUGUCAACAUCGACGGGAAAAAUGUGCUAGAUAUCUGGGGUGGACAUAUGGAUACAGCGAAGACUAAACCCUGGGAAGAGAACACACUCGGCGUCGUCUGGUCUUGCUCAAAGGUCGUCACCAACCUUGCAGCACAUAUCCUCGUUGAUAGAGGCCUGCUAGACGUGAACGAGAAAGUCGCAACCUACUGGCCGGAAUUUGCCGCAAACGGAAAGGAGAGUAUUAAGGUGUCCCAUAUUUUGAGCCAUACCUCUGGACUCUCGUCGUGGGACGCUCCAAUGAGUACGGACGAUAUCUGCAAUGUCAAAUAUGCCACGGAUAAACUGGCAGCACAAGCCCCCUGGUGGACACCGGGUGAGCAUUCCGGCUAUCAUCUCGCGACUCAGGGACACCUGGUUGGGGAGUUGGUGCGUCGCAUCAGCGGGAAGUCGCUGGGUCAAUUCAUCACGGAUGAAAUUGCAGGACCGCUAGGUGCGGACUUUCGUCUUGGCGUUCCGGAAGAAGACUAUUCGCGUACGGCGGACAUCGUUCCUCCGGAGCCUAUCUCAUUUGAAGGACUUGACCCAACAAGCGUCGCAGCUAAGAGUCUGCUGGGUACACCUAUGUCAGCUAGGUUAUGUAUGACUCCUGCCUUCAGGAAUGCAGAGCUGGGCGCCUCGAAUGGAUUCUCGAAUGCGCGUGCUUUAGCCCACAUUGGGUCCCUAGUCUCGCUGGACGGCACCGUCGAUGGGAAAAAAUAUCUCUCCGAUACGGCGAUCGAUAAGAUUUUGGAGGAGCAGAUUCACGGAAUGGACCUUGUCCUUUUCACUGAGUCGCGCUUUGGUCUUGGUGUCGGUCUUCCUACGGGGCCGAUGAGCGCCUUGUUUAAUGGUGGGGAUGAGGGUAUCUGCUUCUGGGGAGGUUGGGGUGGUUCUAUACUUAUCAUGGACAGGGAGCGCCGCAUGACUAUCGGCUAUGUCAUGAACAAGAUGUUGGGUGCUGGCACGGUGGGCAAUGAGAAUACUUUUGCCUAUGUCCAAGAAAUAUACAACCUCGUCAACAAGCUGAAGAGUCAGUCUUCUCUAUGA